CGCUAAUGACGGACCAAUAGAGAUGCUAGCUAGUGUAUCCCAUCUCUCAGGAACUCUCUCAGCUUACAUCGGAGGCGGAGAUUCAUUCCGACAUUCUUCCAGACGCCCCGGAGGAACCAUCCGAAGCUAAUCGCGACUACGGCCGCUGAUAAGCGAUUGCAUACCAAGGGCGUGUUUGACUAGCAUGGCAUCUUGACAGGACGUGAGUCAGAAAAGAGUCAUCAAACAGGUGCAUCGAGGGCAACCAUGAAGUAUAUGUAGUUCGGCAGUGGUGUAUGCGACCAGAAACCCGGAUUGCCCAACUAAGCAUUCCUCAUUGUCACAGACAAGGUCAGCCUAAUACUGUAAGGUCUGGCACUCUCAAGCGUAAAGAAACGACACUAACCAAUGAAGUGCAACAAAAUGGGUCCCAUCUCUUCGGAGCUUCGAAAACGAACAUGGUCCCAGGACUCGUUCUUCAUUUCGACGGACGCGUCCUUGAUCCCUGUUCCUACACUGAAUGAGAUGUUCGCGCGUGAAGAUUUCUACUGGGGCAGCUCUUUGCCAGAUGAAGUCAUGAGAGAGAUGCUGGACAGUUCCCUAUGCUUCGGGCUCUACAAAGUGGGGUCAGAGCAGAGCGUCGAUACUGCAGCUGCUGCGUCUUCAGAGGCCAAAACCAACCCCGACGAGUCGGCGCUGACUUUCCUCGGCCUUGCACGUUGCGUGACGGAUUUUACAACGUUCCUCUACGUGACUGAUGUUUGGAUCGGCCCCGAGAAUCAGGGAAAGGGCCUUGGCAGAUGGCUCAUCAGAUGCGUCCAGGAGGUCGUCGAGGGCAUGCCGUAUCUGAGAAGAAGCAUCCUGUUCACUGCUGACUGGAAACGGAGCGUGCCGUUCUAUAAGGAGCUUAUGGAUAUGACGGUGGUUGAGUUUCAACAUGGGGAGGGACUUGCCAUGAUGGAAAGGAAGGGGAAGGGUCAUCCUGGCUAUGGGAAAGAGGGCAGCGGAUAUUCGGUAAAGGGCUCGACUUAGAACCUGCGUUGAAAGGCUGAGUAUAGUUAAUAAAUGCACAAGGAACACAGAAUA